AUGGGAUAGAGGAGAGCGAGGAGGAGGAGGAGGAGAGUGAAUGAGAGCUGCUGGAUCUGCCUUGCCUGCCUGCCUGCCUGUCGUCUGCUGAAGCUGGGUUUUGCCGCCGCGCCACGCUGCACUGGCACAGAGCAGAGUCACGGCCCAUUUGCACCACCACCGUCCACACUCUCGGCACCAACACGGAGCCACACAGCACCGGUUCUUACUCCAGCGACACCACCAGCACGGAAGAAAACCAGGGAGAGGGCUCACCAGGCUUUCUCCAUCAUCAAGGGGGGGGGACACAGCAGCUACGAAAGGGGCCUGGCGUUAAAAUUUUAGGCACCAGCUGCUACCUCAACCAAAUCCCCCUCCACCUUACCCCCAUCCUUAACACCACUACCACCACCACUCCUCCUCUCUCGCUCCUCCCUAUGCCCUUGUCCUCGGCGGCUCCUUUCACCUCCCUGGCCAGUAUAUGGAUAGAAGCUCCCUGUUUCAGCUCAUACAAGAGCAGGUAAGCGAGUGAGCAGGCAGCGGCAGAGGUUUCUAUGGUUACGGGCUCCCGGCCACCUCGUCGUCUGUCCAGGGAGUGAGACGUGGAGGCUGGGGUGAGAGCUGAUGUUACGAUUGAUAGCAGGGGCUGUUUGCACGAGCGAAAUGAGAGCGUGAGACAACAUGCCGGACGCAAGCAUCAUGGAGCCAUGUGGGCCCAGAGAAUGUGAGCUGGACCCAGAUAACACCGGUUUCAUCGCAGUGGAGAACUUCACCAGCUUGGUGGAGCACCAUGAGCUGCAGCUGGACCCGUCCAAACUGGACAUGCUGUUAGCCCUGGUCCAGAGCAAUGAAGAGGGACAGGUGUGCUACCAGGAGCUCAUCGAGCUGAUGAGCAGUAAGCGCUCCAGCAGUUUCCGACGGGCCAUUGCUAAUGGCCGCCGCACGCUGCAAAGGGAGAUCCUGCUGGAUGAGACGGGACUGGGUCUGUACAAACGUUUUGUUCGCUAUGUGGCUUACGAGAUCCUGCCCUGCGAGACAGACCGACGCUGGUACUUCCAUCAGAACCGCCUGUGUCCCCCACCUGUCUUCAUCGCCAUUGUCACCAUCGUGCAGAUCAUCGUGUUCAUGUGCUAUGGCAUCAUGCUAAACAAGUGGGUACUGCAGACCUAUCAGCCCGACUUCAUGAAGAGCCCCCUAGUCUACCAUCCCGGCCACCGUGCACAAGUGUGGCGCUUCUUCAGCUACAUGUUCAUGCACGUUGGUUUGGAGCAGCUCGGGUUCAAUGCUUUACUGCAGCUGAUGAUUGGCGUUCCUUUGGAGAUGGUCCAUGGCAUCUUACGAAUAAGUCUGCUUUACAUGGCAGGAGUGCUGGCCGGCUCGCUGACGGUGUCCAUCACCGACAUGCGUGCUCCAGUGGUGGGGGGCUCCGGAGGGGUCUACGCUCUGUGCUCAGCGCAUCUGGCCAACGUCGUCAUGAACUGGGCCGGGAUGCGUUGUCCAUACAAGCUGCUCCGCAUGAUCCUGGCGCUAGUCUGCAUGAGCUCAGAGGUGGGUCGUGCAGUCUGGCUUCGCUUCUCACCGCCGCUGCCCUCCUCGGGGCCCCAGCCCAGCUUCAUGGCACACCUAUCGGGGGCCGUGGUCGGUAUCAGCAUGGGGCUUUUGAUUCUGCGCAGCUACGAGGAGAGUCUGCAGAAGCAGUGCUCCUGGUGGGUCAUCGUCUUCUCCUUUAUCACCUUUCUCCUCUUCGCCAUCUUCUGGAACAUCUUUGCAUAUGAGCUGCUGGGGGUGCAGAUACCACCUCCUCCCUGAUGAAGGCCCCCCCCCCCCCCCAGGGAUUACAGUAGCAACAAGUACAGGUGAAAGUCCCUCAGAUCCAUUUCAAAGAGCAUUAUAUCUUUUUAUAUAUACGUUGAAAACUCAUCCACAUUACCAGCACUAAACUUUGAGUGAACGUUUUCUCAUCAACCGUUUCUUUCUGCGUCUUUCAUUUACGGAAAGAAGAAUCUGAGUUGAUGACACAUGCCUGUGGUUCAAAGGAAAGGGAAUUAAAGGGAGGAAAGCAGUGUGUAUGCUUUGGCGGUGACGAUGCUGACCACACGCUAUAUGAGAAAUGUUCCGUCUCUGAAGGUCAGAGAUCAGGAUCAGCUGCAGCAACGCCCCCUAAACUUUGCUUGUAGCACUUAAGCAGAGUUGAUGGCUGAAUCUGAGACCUUUUGGCUGUGCUACAAAUCAGAGCUGCAACUGCUUUUAAUGAAGAACUAAAGGAGAAUUUCGGGAAGAGCACAUUUAUUUCUGGUGGCAGCAAUCAAAAAAUACAGACGCACCAAUGCAGUAUGAUUGCUGAUAUGAAUAUUUUGAAUUCACAGCCCUGCUGCAACUCACAGGGACUGUGACUUUUUGCUGAAUUGCUGACACACUGAUUCAAAACAAAAAAAACAACGAACAGAACGUUUUCUUCAAAUUGAGCUGCUAAGCAGGAUCUCCUGCCCAAUUAUAAAACAUCAGUCAAAAUUCUUUGCAGUGCAAAUGGCUUUCCCAGAGCAGUUGUAGGAAGAAUGGAGUAAAACGUUUUAUGUGGAUUGUGUCAUCUACAAGGAGUACCUUAAGGUUAGAGGCAUCACCGUCAUUUUCAUUUCAUGGGGUCUGAAGACAUCUGUUUUUUUUUAAUGUUAUUUCCAAGACAUAAUACCAACACUGUGGAUACGGACUCAUAGUUCACACAACAUAGACAAGACGUGAAGAUAGGAAAUGAAAGUGACCACGUGACGGGAGAGAAAAGAAAAAAGAAUAUCACGAGUAAGGGGAUCGCUGAAGAUCCCUGGAUAGUCGACACUUCAGAGAGUGAACUCCUCUUGUUGCUGUUUCAAACUAACCACCAACUUGCUUAGGCGCACAGUGUAAAAUAUGCCAUGUCAUGCUCCGUGGCUCUCAGCGAGACGAGGACACACACAUACUCUGCCUGUUCUCGCUCUGACAGACUGAACUGGGGAGGGCAAGGAUGUGUCAUCACCUGACCUCUGACCUUUGUGUCCCAUAGGGCAUUGGGGUCUCUCUGUCAGGCCCAGUCUAUACCUCAGUUUCUCAUUCUUAGGGACUGUAUACUUUUGUAAAGGAAUGUACCUAUAAAGAAGAAAAAACAGUGUUAUUAAGUUGUCCCCAUUUUUCAUUUGAUAGUGGAUGUGUAUAAUGUAUGUUCAUAACCAAGAGUAUAUUUAUUUGUAUUUUUUUCCUCUUUGAGAGGGAAGAGAGAAACGUUUCAAAUGGUGCAAAAUUAAUGCUAUGAUUGUUGUUCUUCUGAUAACUCCUGUAAGGCUUUGAUCCUCUGAAAAAUAGUCUAUGUGGCAGAAUCCCCUGGUUUGUUAGAUGACCACCAAUGACUCGAGCUUGAUUUUAUAAAUCUUUAGUGCUUUACAAAAAUAAGCCAUAGAAAGAACUAAUUGGAGAGGGUAAAAGAAGAGGAAGAUAGCUACAGUGCAACUUUGUUCUUCAGUGUGAUCAAACCUCAUUUCUUCAUUGUGAAUAUUUAACAGGUGAGGUGGAAGAAGACAAACUGUGCAAGUAUGAGCCUGUGAAACUCUGGACUGUUUGAGAUAUUUUCAUGUAGCGAGACUCAUUCCACAGCUUGUUCGCCAACUUGUUUGUAGUCGAUGCAGCUUCAUUUUGCAAGUGCCCACAUCUCCGAACUCUCCCCUGCAGCGCGCAGAAGCCUCGCUGCAGCUCUUCUUUUGCAAAUAGCAAAUUAUGGACGAAGCUUCUGUCCUACUUUGUCUCCAGAGUGAUUCAAGCUUUUUGGAGAGCUGAGGCGAGGAUAGCAAUUACACUUACUCAUGCUAUGUUCCCGUUUUUCAGUUUUUCAAUCAAUAAUUCAUUUGAAUGUCCACUGGCUGCCUGGAGGGAAAAAAUGUUAUGCAUUUGCCAAUUUUUGAUAGUUGGUCAUAAAUACAGUCCUCAGCAUUUGCUUCCACGUGAAACUGUCGGAAGUAACAGAAGACUCUGUGUUAAAUGAGGAAAUCCGUAUGAAAUAGACAGAAAAAGCCAUUUUCAGAUGCAUUAACAACAGAAAAGAUCAGCCAAUACGUGGUAAUAAUGGAUCUUUGAGAGAAACCCUUGUGCAUACUUGGAAAUAUUAUUGCUUGGUAUAGCAAAGAUGCAUCGCUGAAUAAUGCAUACAUGCCCUGUUAGCCUAUAAUGAAGAUGAAGAGGAUGCCUGAGAGGAGGUUAAUGUGCCUCUUUACUUGAAGAUUCAUAGUGAAAAGGGCUAGUGAAUAGCUGUUUUGUAGAACACAUUAACUGUGAAUAUUACCCCUCCUGGAAGUACAUGCAGGAUGAAAAGCAAAUGCUUGUGAAUUCUUGUUGCCCCGAAAAAGAUACUCAACUAUGUACUCCUCAUAUAAGGUGUAUUAUUAUUAUUAAAUAUCUUCUGAAAAAAGCAGACAAUAGCAUCAUAAACAGGAGAGAAAAGGAGCAGUGUGUGUAUCUUAAAUUACCAAGUGCAUGGGGAAACUUUUCAGGAGUAGCUUGUGUGUGUGUCUCUGUCAGCCAAAUCUCACAGUACCAACGCCUCCUAAAAUAUGCCACCUCCUGUCUGAUAAAAGCCUUCUCCUGCUCUCAGACAGCAUCUUCAAGGAAAUGAGUGAUUGAGGCCUGACUCACAUCAUCUGGCUUGACAGUAUGUGUCGGUUUAUGGUUUGUGAGGGGUGGCGGGACAGCGGAAACAACAGUGUCGGCACUCAUCAUAAAACCUCGGCAGCGUACAUGCCCGUGUCACGACACCCCUGGUGUCAGGAUGAUGAUGCAUGGCUGUUGCGGGGAUACACCGGAGCCCAAGGCUAGGACGUAAACAGGAUAUCUUCCUUCAAUAAGUGGAUCUGACAGGCUACAUGAUGUUAAUUGAAUUGCUGCCUUUUGAGUGACACAUUUGUUUUCAACAGCAUAAGAAAGGCACCGGGAGAGAUUGGCAUGAGCUGAACUUGCAGACUAUCAAUAACAUGUGAUCCAUCACUUUGUGUGAUCCACACGGCCCCUCUUGAUUGGUUUCUAUACAGCCAUGACUGCGAUACGAGGUGAUGUUAACAGGUCAGAGCCAACUCAUUUGAGUCUCAUUCAUACAUGAACCCUUGUUGGUGUGACUGCACACAAGCUACUGUUCAUUUCCGUGCUCGUCUGAGUCAAAAAAAAUUCAUUUUUCUGCUGUUCUUAUUUCCUGUUCCUGUGUUUUGUCAUAUGUGGGCUUUUCUUUUUGCACUUCUGAUGAUGCAGUUAACUGACAUGUUGCCAUGUGCCAUAUUCUCUACUGCCAUAAACAUUCUUUGAUGCUUUUUUACCUCCCUAUGCCAAUCCAUUGUGCUGUUAUGCCCAAUGCCUUUUUAUCGUAUAUAUGCGCCCAAAUCUAAGCACCGGGCAGAAAGGCUGCUUUGCCGUGUGGUGUAUUAUUUUACAUGAUCAUGCACAGAAUCCAUAAGAGACAUUGAUGUUAGUAUAUACAGUAGCUGCUCAGAACUGCUGCUCACCAACUAGCCGGCCAGGUUGCCUUUUCUUAGUGUUUAUUGCUACUUAGAUGUAUAUCUCACUGCAGGACUUUGCAGGUAAAGCAGGCUACUGUAGCUCCAGGGAUGGAAUUGUUCUGAAAAACAAAGACGUUGAAACCUGAAAUGCUGAUUUCGGGUUCCAAGGCCCCCCAAAUGUACAGACUAUAGUUCUCAAAAUAUCCUGGAUAUUGAUGCAUUAACAUGUUUAAUGUGGUCAGAUUUAAGGGUAUAUGAUCUGGUUUGGAACAGAGAACAUUACUAAAGUCUUUGUUUCCCAGUUUCUAGCUUUGGUACGGAUUCUUUUCAUGUUCCCAGAAACUGUCUGAGCCACUCGGUGUAAUGCAAAUAUCAACAGGACGUUUCUUAAAAUGAGUCGUUUCCCUCUGAAGGUUUAGAAUUCAAAAAAAAAGAAAAAAAACAAAAGUCAUAUCUGUGCUGCUGUGGUAGUUUUUCAUGAGCUGCUUACUUGUAUUGAUUAAAAUGGUGCCAAGCUUACGAGGUUCAAUCUCUCAGACUAGACGAGAGGUUGUACCAACACAGCGUUUACAAAAAGAAUAAGCAGAAGCUAUUUUUCUCGGUCAUCAGGAAACUAAAGGAAAACUAAAUUUACAUAUGGAUAAUUUAUAUCAAAGUCCUCAUUAAUUAUUUCACAAUCUAUUGUACUUUUUAAAUGUUCUGAACGGAACCAUUUUAUAUUGUAUAUAUAUGAAUAUAUUUUGUUUUAUUUUGUACUGUUCAUUGUACUUUGCUUUAAUUUAGAAACUAUAAAUAAAGAACAAUACUGUGGCAACGUCAAACUGCUGUUUUUAGUGUUUCAGCACAAAACCAUUAUCAUUGUGCUGCAACUUACAACUGUAUGACUGGACUACAUGAUACCAAACAAAAAAAAUGCAAAUACUCUAUAUACUCCAUUUGAUAUAAAGGCUUUAUUAUUUUGGAAAAACACAAAAAAAAAAAAAUCUGACAAACAAUAAAGCAAGUGUAAAAGAUACUGUGCACUAUUUGUUUUUAUCUUGUUUUGAGCUUCUUUGUUGGUCUCUGGUCAGUGUCGGCAUCCGAGCUCUUCACCUUCACAUCGACCUCCUUUAGAAGUGGGAGCUGGUGCUGUUUGGCUGUGGUCAACGCCCACAAACACAACUCCAGCCUGUGGGGCGUCCAGUCCUGCUGGGGAUCCACUGAGAGGGGAGGCCAGAAACCACAAUCAAAGUAGAGUUCAUGUGGCUUUUAUUUUCUUUUUACACUGAUAUUAAAAAGGUAUUUUUAUGUUCACCAGA